CUCAGUCAUGCCUGCCCAUCGCCCCGCGUGUCUAGCUGCUGGGUCUCUGCUGUGAUGAAAGUGCAGUGGGGUCACUGAGGUUCAAUUUUCCUUGGACAGCCUCGGAAGAUGAAACCAGCACCUGCUGGAGCCCGGUCAGUGCUCAACUGAGCGUUUGGCACCAGUGGAGGAUUUCAGGGUUAAUUGACUGCUCCAUCAAUAACACCAAUAACAGCCGCCACACCUUAGCUCUGAUCUGCCCUGGAAGCGGGCAACUACAAUGACUCCAUCUCCAUGGUAAGGAUGAAAACAAAGCAGUGAGACUCGUGCACUCUGAUGUCUACGAGAUCCUCAUGGUCGGAAUCUGGACCGCCUCGUGCUUGACGCACGUCUGAGUCAGCGCACGCGCGUAAUUUAUAGAGGUGCGCGCAUAAAAAGCAACACUUUUCUCCAUCCAAAAGAGCACAUGACAGAAACAAGAUCCUGGACUCAGCGGUCCACAGCGCAUCCCUCACAAAUAGACCAAGUAGCAUCAGGGCGGAGGCUGUGGAGAGAUGGAGCUGAAGCUGCUGCUGAAGAGGCUGAGCACAGUGGUGCGGGCCAUUGUCACCUUUCUGUUUGCUCUUGUUGUUCUGAGCGUCAUGACCUGGGCUUACAUCCAAGGCUUUCAGCUGAUCACAUCCAAAUAUGGCAUCAUCUCUUUUGGCUUUUAUGGGUUACUUCUUGGACUCCAUCUUCUUGUCCAAAGUUUCUUUGCCUUUGCAGAGCAUCGUCAAAUGAAAGCCCGUGUUGACUCUUGUACUUACACUAAAACAAUUGGAUUUACAAUUGCUGCCUAUCAGGAGGACCCAGAGUACCUGCGGGAGUGUCUGCUGUCUAUCCGGGCCCUGAAAUACCCCCCUGAGCUCCUGCGUAUCAUCAUGGUAGUGGAUGGUAACUCUGAGGAUGACCGCUACAUGAUGGAGAUGUUCAGAGAGGUUUUUGCAGACCAGGACCCAGCCUGUUAUGUGUGGAAACAGAACUAUCACACCUGGGAGCCCCACAUGGUCCCAGACGAUGAGGAUGUGGCCAAAGCCAUUAGUUUGGGUGCAGACUUCACUGUCGGAGAAGACCCGCAGUGCAAAGUAGUAGAAGGUCUGAUCCAAAGUAAAAGAUGUGUGUGCAUAAUGCAGAAGUGGGGUGGCAAACGGGAGGUGAUGUACACAGCAUUCAAAGCGUUGGGCUCCUCUGUUGACUAUAUCCAGGUGUGUGACUCAGACACAAAGCUGGACUCAUUGGCCACAGAAGAGCUUUGUAAAGUAUUGGAGAGUAAUCCCAAGUACGGGGCAGUUGGAGGAGACGUCAUGAUUCUAAACUGUGAAGACUCCUUCAUCAGCUUCAUGAGCAGCCUGCGCUACUGGAUGGCCUUCAAUGUCGAGCGAGCGUGCCAGUCUUACUUUGACUGUGUCUCCUGCAUCAGUGGUCCUCUAGGGCUGUACAGAAAUGACCUCCUACAGCAGUUUCUGGAGUCCUGGUACAAUCAGAAGUUUUUGGGCACACAUUGUACAUUUGGAGAUGACAGACACCUCACAAACCGGAUGCUGAGUAUGGGCUACGCCACAAAAUACACAGCUCGGUCCAAAUGCUACACAGAGACCCCAUCACAAUUCCUGCGCUGGCUGAACCAGCAGACGCGGUGGACCAAGUCUUACUUCAGAGAGUGGCUCUUUAAUGCCAUGUGGUGGCAUAAGCACCAUCUGUGGAUGACCUAUGAGUCCAUAGUGUCAGGUGUAUUUCCUUUUUUUGUGACAGCCACAAUUAUUCACCUGUUCUGGACUGGCACUCUGUGGGACAUCUUGUGGAUUCUGUGCUGUAUCCAGAUCAUUGGGCUGCUCAAAGCUCUUUAUGCUGGGAUCCUGCGCAAAGAUCCUAUUAUGGUUUUCAUGUCACUGUACUCCGCUCUAUACAUGACCAGCAUGCUGCCCACUAAGUACUUUGCCAUCCUCACCAUCAACAAACGGAGCUGGGGGACGUCCGGCCGGAAGAAGAUCGUUGGAAACUACGUCCCUCUGAUCCCUCUCUCUGCGUGGGGAUCCAUUUUAGUUGGCGGCAUUUGUCACACCAUUUACAGGGAAACCCUUUUGGACUGGCUCACCCCGCCAAGGUUACUUGAGACCCAGUUUCUCAUUUAUGGUUGUGUGGCCUACACGUGCUACUGGAUGACCAUGGUGUUCCUGUAUUGGGUCUGGUUCAAACGGAUAUGUCGUAAACAGUCACAGAAAUAUAACAACACUGUGUAGACUGUAACAAAUGAGUUUAAUUUAUUUAUUGUAUUGUUGCACAUGGUAACUAAUAAUUUAUUGAAAAAAACAACUAAAUGCUGCUGCUGACAGUUGAUAUCGUCCAAGCAAAAAAAAAAAACUGUCAAUUUUUAUGAAUAGUAUUGACCCUGUACUCUCAGGUGUGUUUUUAGAUCACAGUGGUUGCAAUUAUCUGAUAAAUGUUUACGUGUAAAUGGACCAAGAGCCAAAAUGAACUGUCCAGAAUGUUCACUCAAUUGUGAAUUACUUUUAUGACUGCCACUCUACGACCACUGCAUUGUAACUUACUACUGUAGUUUGUGUGAAAAUGGUUAUUGUAGCAAAAAAAAGUGAAGAGAAGAAAUGGGCAUAAGUUAAUGACCUUGAAUGUUGAUGUUUUCUUGUAUAUGUGAUUUUUAUAAGACACUUUGUAUAAAAGCGUAUUGUUGAAAAAAAUGUAUAUUAUAUUAUUUUUUAUACAUCUAUUGUCUACAAAUGUGAAUAAAUAAAGUUGUAUAUGUGUAGUAAAGGUACUGCAUCAAUUUUGUUAUGAGCAAUAGAAGUGGCAAAGGAUGUUACACACUAAUCAUUGUAAGAGAAAAAAGUCCUUCCAUUCACACUUUUUUACCUUAUAUUCAAGUUAAAAUGCAUGUUCCU